AUGUCUGGUGAAUCAAGCCAGCCUCAGGCUGGCCCCUCACAUGCUGGGGAAGACCAAGAGAGCCGUGAGAGGGAUCAGGUUGGGGUUCCGGGAGGGGUGAUCCGAAGGGCUGUUGCCCAAGGGCCCAGGUCCUGGAUCCAAAAGGUUCUUGAGCGAGUUAUUGAUACACCUCGCCAGAGGUUCUACGUCUCGGAAGUGGUGCCUGUCGCUGUGCUGGCCGUCCAGCGGUACCUGUUAGAGGACGAGCCGCGCGAUUUAGUGCCCAAACUUCCCCUUUACUGUUAUGACGUGACAAUUUCAGACGGGGUGUAUCAGGAGAAGUGCUACCUGAACCCCUCCCUGAACUUUCUCGUAUAUAAAAAUAUUCUUAAAGUUGGCAAGGAGGUGAGAAUUUCCAGAGUCUCGUGUCUUUACAACGAGAAAAGGAUAGGGCAGGGGGUGCUAUGUAUAGAUAACGUCCACUGUGGGAAGAUCUUGGACGCUAUCUCUUUAGAAACUCCCUUCCGAAAUCACGCUCAUGAGCAGGUACCAGAGAGGCCUUUAAGAGGGGGGAAGAGUCACUACCUGGCUCUGUGGAAUAACGAAGAUCCAUAUGGUGAUAUCUGGUUAACCAACAAGGAAGCUGAGGAAUUGAGUGUAAAGAAUAGCAAAAUAAUUUCUCUUUCUCACCUUGAAAUGACCUGGUCUAACAGAAGGAAUUUUCCUGCAUUGCUUGUAAGAAUUUUGUACAAAUCAAAACUGCGAUACUAUGGAAAACCUGAUAGAAGAAUAGUUGAGCCAUUCCAGAUCUUUUUGGAAGUUGCUGACAGUUCAGGCAUAGUUUCCGUGAUUAUGUGGAAUGCCUUGUGUCCUGAGUGGUAUAAGUGUCUGCAGGUCGGUGUGGUUCUUCUGCUUCAACAGUACUCUGUUAAAAAGUGUUAUCAAUUCAGGAUGCACCCUCACCCUUUGGAUCCACAGAUGAAAAUAAUUUCUACAAUGGAAAUCUGCCUGAACCUUCAAGAUCCUCCAACUAAUAUAAGUAUCAUUUCAGAAAAGCAGGUGAAAACAGAAUGGAAAUUGCCAAAAUUAAAUAACCAAUUUGUCACCAGAUCAGAGCUGGAUGAUUUGCCAGAAAAUCAACUCUGUGAUGUUGUUGGGGUUUUAGUUUUUGUAGGAAGGGUUCAGCGGUUAAAAAAGAAAGAAAGCCGUGAAGAAUUUUUGACAUACCGCUGGAUUCACAUUGCUGAUGGGACUUCAGAACUACCAUUUAUCGUGGAGUUAUUUUCUACAUCUCAGCCAGAAGUCUUCGAAAAUAUUAACCCAAUGACAUAUUUCUCGUGCACACAGUUGAAAGUUGUGAGAGAUGAUGAUCGACUACCUAAAUUGCUUUACCUCACUACUACAAAUGAGAGUCAAAUGUUGAUUAUUGGUCACGAAGGCCAACCGUAUACCUAUGAGGCCAAGGUAAAAAACUUUAUUCAAUGGAUUAAAACAAAGACCGAUUCUGGGGAGAUGAAGAAUACUGUUUUUGGUGGAUAUUACCCAUAUCCACCAGUACCAGAGACAUUUACCAAGUAUAGUAUUUCUGUUAAAGUUGAGUCGCUCUUGACAGCUAUAAGUGAAGCUAAGAAAGAGAUUGAAGACUUGCAGUAUAGGGAACAAAAGCGCAUUGCAAUUCAGGGGAUAAUUACUGUUAUAAAGUAUAUCCCCCAUAGCGGUGCAAGUGAAAGUGCUUCAGCAUCAGACACACUUCGGAAUGCUAAUCUUCCCUCAACUUCCCAAGCAGCAAGAGGAGAAAGUCAAAAAAGUCAGGAAAGAGAUGGUAAACGGCGUCAUGAUGACAGUGAACCUGGGAGUUCACAGACUGCAUCUGCUAGGUUGAUUCCUAGCAACAAAAAAAGAGUUCUGGAAGGCCCAAAUGCUAAACCUUCCAGUAACUAUAUUGUGGAGGCUUUGAGAUUUUUUAUCUGUAGGAUCAUGUCAUCUGUGAGUCGAGAAAGCAUAAGCCCUCACCUCAUAGGGAAAGCCAGAAAAACUUUAAAUCAUAAGUGGGAGAGUCAGCUGUGGAGAGAGAGAAAGUUUGGUCUACUAGAUCACCUACAUUACAGCCAUGUUUAUCCUGAAAGUAUUCCACGGAGAUUUAAUUCUGAAUACAGUACAUUUCUUACUCAGCAGUAUAAUACUCAACCUUCAAAAUACAUACCCCCGGAAGAAGGGUCCCCAAAACUUGAGGAUAUUAAGAGUGCCUGCAGUAUUGGACAUUUUGAAUUAACUAUCCUAGGUCUGAACCAUGACAUAGCAAUUGAUGUUGCAUUCCUACCUAUGUAUUGUCCUAAAGAUGUCCGAACAUCACAGAUAGACACAUUAUUGACCUGCUUGAAUUACAACUGUGUGUUUCCACCAGAAGCAACUGACCAUGACAGAUUCCCAGGUCCAAGAGCACUUGCAGGUGAUAUUAUGAAAGCAGUAACUGAGCUGAAUAGAGUACAUAUCGUCGGUAUCUUGGAUAUCUGUAAUUUGGGUGACAAUAAAAUUGAAGUCUUUUUGCACAAAAUUUAUACUCCAGAAACUAUUUCUUGA